UAUUAUUUGUGUUUUCUACAGGCACAUGGCACUGCAGGGCGCUGUUUCCGGUUAAAGCUGGUCAAGCCUUGACCCCCAGGAUAAUCCCGAAACUGCGGAGUUGCUGCACAAGACGUCCUGGUUACCAGAGUCGGAUCGCCCAAGAGUUGAGCCUCAAAAGACCAGAAUUGUUGUUUCACGGAACUUUCUACACUGUGCAUCACCAGCCCUCUGAUCCCUCUCUUCGCCCACGACUCCAACAAAACCCAUCCACCCCUUUGGCGACCAUGUCUUCUAUCGGCCCCCAACUCCCGCCGCAUCUGCAAAACCGCAAGAGAAGCCAUGACGAUGAAGACGAAUCGUCCGAUUCUUCGACUGGCCCUCUUCCUCCCACAAAACCUGCGCAAGAAGGCACAACCUCCUCCGCAAAGCGACCUCGAGUUGCAGGUCCAACCCUCCCACCGGCACCUUUGGAUGAACGCCCGCCUUCAAGUCCUCUUCGACCAACAGAAGAGACAGACUCUGACACAAAUGAGGAAGAGGAGGAAGAUGAUGAUUUCGGCCCCAGGCUGCCCUCAGCCAACGACCGCCCUACCAAGUCUUCAGCGUCUUCAUCGAUAGGUCCUCAAAACUCUACAACUACAGUGUCAACAGCACCAGUAAAGCGUGACGAAUGGAUGACUGUGGCGCCGUCCAACGGGGACUGGUCAGCAAGAGUUGAUCCCACCAAGUUGAAGAACCGUAAAUUCAACACUGGCCGCGGGGCAAAGGGACCAUCACAAGUUCUGGGGGGCUCAGGAGAUUCUUCGUGGCAUGAAACCCCCGAACAGAAGCAGGCAAGACUGAAAAGAGAAGUCAUGGGUAUCAAUGACCCUUCUACAUCGGCCAAGUCGUCGACGUCUGGCCCAGCGAGAGAUCCUCAUGACGAAGCGACUUCGCGAAGACUGAAGGAAUACAAUGAGACUCAACGCGGACCAUCCCUCUACUCCACCCACACCGCUUCCCAGAACAAGCCUCUGGAUGAUGAUCCCAGUGCCCGUGCUUUUGAUCGGGAAAAGGACAUCGGGUCUGGUUCGACAAUCACCGCCACUCAGCGCAGGGACAUGGUCAAGAAGGCGUCGGAUUUCUCCUCAAGAUUUGAGAAGGCGAGGUACUUGUGAGGUAAUAUGCGCUUAUCCCUUCGACUCCUGGCAGUAUCGGUAAGCUCCCACCGUGGCAUGCUUUUGCAAAGCCCAAUUUGGGCUCAAUUCAUUUUGCCUGCCUCGGCAGUGUUCGUCGUCCCGAUACGAGCCCGGGGGAGUGGAGAGGGGCGCUGACAAUCACGGAGUCGGGGUGCUGUCCAUCGCCUACAAGAGGGAAGAGGUAAGGGGCACGCUUUGCUUUCCUAAUCAGUGGCACUUUGGAGGUGUCGGCGUCACCUCUACCAUUGCGGAACGUGAUGGGCAAGAGUUGAGAUUGCACACCGUUACCCUUGGGCGGAAAAGACGCAACUUACAUAUGAACCGGAGGCGCGGAUGGCGGUGAACGGUCAAAGUGCGACGACAGAUGACCGUCUGCUUUCGUGGUGCUUUGACGCUGUCGCCGUCUCCACCCACAUUGCUAUUCCCAUUCUCACUGCCGAUCUGGUUCUGGCUCUGGACUCCCUCCCCCUCGGGCGCGCAAUUCGGGCUCGAGCAAGCCAAAUUCCCGCCUCUGUAACGGUCCACUUCCGGCCCAAUGGGGGAAAGCCCUGGUCCAAGCGCAUUUUCCGGGUUGGGCUGAAGUCUCUCGCAUUAUUCCCUCUAGACGGCAAUAACCCUAUCAGCCGCCCUAGAACUGUCCACAUUGCAUCCCCCACAGCCUUUUUCGCAAAUUUGCGAUUCAAAUUUAUCUUGCCAGACGAAGCAGACGUCUCGAGGGUUUCAAGAGACGAGCCCUCCCUCCCCCCAGGGGGGUCUCUUGAAGAAUGAUUAACCGGACAGACUCCGGAUCAACGGCAUGGAUUUCCCAUGCGUGCUGGAGGGAGUACUCGGUACCUCGUAACGUCGUCGCCAUUAUUACGGAAGGAUCGUGUUCUCACACCCGACGGCCAACUCUAUCCUUGAAGCAGGACCCCCGUCACCCACCAACCAUUUCGAAGCGAUAGUUUGGAAACCCGCCCCAAGGAUGACUUCGCAAGCUAUUGACCGCCUGCCCGUUUUGACGUGUUUCCCUUGAAUGAGGGCACAAGCUGCGAUGUAUCUAAUAGCGCAUCUCUACGCCGCGCCUCCGGAUCAGGAAAGCUUUGCGGCUACGCAGCUGCAGGGUUUGCGAGAUUCUCUUGACUUCCAACGACCAUGUACCUUGCUCCGCACCUGGGCCUUGGUCCGACAUGUGCAGGACUCUUAGAACGCCCAUCCUAGGAACCAAGCCCAGAUGCAGGGGAUAAGACAAGACAAGCUUUUGGAUCCUGACAAAUAUGAACGGCCUUAUUUCCACCUGCCUCAAGCGGGUUGGGUUAUACCAGACUGUGACCAUGAUGGAUGUAUUCGAGCCCCAGGUUUCACAUCAUUCUGGAACAAACUUGAGAAGCGGAAGCGCAAGGCGCAAGGAAGAGGUCUUGGACGUUGAU